AUGCUGGUUGUACCAACCACAAAAUAUGUGUAUACGGUACACGACAAACAAAAACACUUCAUUGUUUGCCUCAAGGAAAAUAAAUACUCAUGUAAUGCAUUUCAACUAGAUCAGAUACCAUGUGCACAUGCUUGUGCGGUGUUGGAGAAGAAGAAUUUUGAGAAGGGGACAUACUAUUGUGAUUUGUUUAAGCCAAAAACUGUUUUGAAGACAUAUGAUAUUCCCAUCUACCUGUUGCCACACAAAGAUGACUGGCUAAUUCCAGAGAGAGUACUUGGUGAAAUAGUACUGCUUCCAAAAUACAAAAAACCUUCAGGAAGACCUGCAAAGAAGGAUCGUGGAAAAUCAGGCCGGGAUAUAUUUGGAAAGAAGAACAUCAACUCAUGUGGUGCUUGUGGGGCUAAGGGUCACAAUAGGCGUUCUUGUAGGAAAUAUCGAAAAUGA